GAGCCCUUGGCAGCUCACCAACCAGGGAGGAGAUUCCAGCCAGUUGCAAGGCAGCCCUGCAGAAGUGACUCUGGGCACCUCUGAGUCCAGGUAUGGCAGAACUGUGCCGCACGGAUUCCACGCUGACCGCUCUGGACGAGGAGAUGCUCUGGGACAUGCUAGAGAGUCACCGCUGCAAGAUCGUGCAGAGCAUCUGCCCCAGCCGCCUGACCCCCUACCUGCGCCAGGCCAAGGUGCUGGGCCAGCUGGACGAGGAGGAGGUCCUCCACAGCCCCCGCUUCACCAACAGUGCCAUGAGAGUCGGGCACUUGCUAGAUCUGCUGAAGGCCCGAGGGAAGAAUGGGGCCAUCGCCUUUCUGGAAAGCCUGAAGUUCCACAACCCUGAUGUCUACACCCUGGUCACCGGGCUGCAGCCUGACAUCGACUUCAGCACCUUCAGCGGUCUCAUGGAGACAUCCAAGCUGACCGAGUGCCUGGCUGGGGCCAUCGGCAGCCUGCAGGAUGAGCUGGCCCAGGAGAAGGCACAAAAGGAGGUGCUGCUUCGGAGAUGCCAGCAGCUGAAGGAGCGCCUGGCCUCGGCUGAGGCCCGUGCAGAGGGCCUGCGCCAGCUGGAGCUUGACCACAGCCGCAUGAAGCGUGAAGUCAGUGCCCACUUCCACGAGGUCCUGAAACUGAAGGAUGAGAUGCUGAACCUGUCCCUGCACUACAGCAAUGCGCUUCGGGAGAAGGAGCUGGCUGCCACACGCUGUCACAGCCUGCAGGAAGAGCUCUACCUGGUGAAGCAGGAGCUACAGCGGGCAAGCCUUGUGUCCUCAUGUGAACGGGAAUCUAGAGAGAGGUCCCUGAGGAUGGCCAGCGACCUGGAGUGCGAGGGAGAGGAACUGAACCGUCUUAAGGAGGAGAACGAGAAACUUCGCUCGAUGACCUUCAGCCUGGUGGAGAAGGACAUUCUGGAACAGAGCCUGGAUGAGGCCCGGGAGAGCAAGCAAGAGCUGGUGAACCGCAUCCACUCACUGCGGGAGCGAGCAGUGGCCGCAGAGAGGCAGCAGAAGCAGUACUGGGAGGAGAAGGAACAGACCCUACUCCAGUUCCGGAAGACCCAGGUGGACUGUGAGCUGUACAGAGAAAAGAUGACUACACUGCAGGGCCAGGUGGCCGAGCUGCAGAAGGAACGUGACCAGGCAUACACAGCAAGGGAUGGAGCCCAGAUGGAGAUUUCUCAGCGCCUGGUGGAGAAGGAUGCCCUGCGAAGGAGAGUGUUUGAGCUGACGGAACAGGUCUGCGAGCUGCGCACUCAGCUGCGCAGGCUGCAGGCAGAGCCCCCAGGAGGACCUAAGCAGGAAGCUGGAAGCAGGGAACUCUGCCUCCGGGGGAAGCAGCGGCUUGUGAGGAUGCAUGCCAUGUGCCCACCCGAUGACAGCGACUGCAGCCUCCUCAGCUCCACUGAGUCCCGGCAGUGGUGGGACCUGACUUCCACAUCCAGUCGUGAGCAGAUGGACAGCUUCCGCUCCAGCAGCCCCAUGCCUCCCAGCCAGCAGUCCCUGUACAAGCGGGUGGCAGAGGACUUCCUGGACAACCCUGAGUCUCUAAGCUUCCCAGAAGUCCUGGAGGUGCGUCUUCCGGGGGCUACAGGGGACGACACAGACACAGACCUGGAGUAUGAGAUACUGGAUGGAGCAGAUCUCUCCCAGACAGAGGACAGCCUGCAGGAGUCUUUACGGAGUCUAAAUGUCUCAGAGAGCAGUGUCCCCGUGAGGCGGAGACCAGCUCGCAAGAUCCUGAGCCAGGUCACAGUGCUGGCAUUCAAAGGGGACGCCUUGCUGGAACAAAUAGGUGUCAUUGGUGGGAACCUCACCGGUAUCUUCAUUCACCGAGUCACCCCGGGCUCUGCAGCCGAUGAGAUGGCCUUGCGUCCCGGCACCCAGAUCAUGAUGGUGGAUUAUAAGCCGACAGAGCCAUCACUAAGAGCCACUCUGGAGAACAGGACUCUGGAGCAGGCUGUGGGGCUUCUCAGGAGGGUGAACGGUUCCUGCUACCUGACUGUGAAGAUCAACACUGAAGGUUAUAAGAACCUAAUUCAGGACCUAGAUGCCAAAGUGGUGACCUCUGGGGAUUCUUUCUACAUCCGGGUCAACCUGACCAUGCAGAGGAAUGGAGGGGGAACGCUACACGCACACUGCAGUGAUAUCCUGCAUGUCACUGACACCAUGUUCCAAGGCCAAAGCUGCUGGCAUGCCCAUCACGUGAACCCCUACACCAUGAAAGACACGGAGCCUGGCAUCAUCCCCAACUAUUCACAGGCUCAGCAGCAGCUCUUGGCCCUCAUCCAGGACAUGACUCAACGGUGCACGGUUCCCCGCAAGCCUUCCGGAGGACCACAGAAGUUAGUAAGAAUUGUCAGUGUGGACAAAGCCAGAGUCAGUCUUCUGUCUCCGACCUGCGACCAAGGCCAGCCUGCUUCAGGCAGGGAGGAAGGUGGCUCCAGCGCAUGCUUCUGGGCAGAGAACUGCUUCACCCUGGCCCCAUACACCCUGGUGCACCCCCACAGGCCUGCCCGGCCCCGGCCUGUGAUCUUCGUGCCCAGAGUAGUUGGGAAGAUCCUGAGCAAAAAGCUCUGCCUCCUCCAAGGCUUUAAGCAGUGUCCUGCAGAGUACUUGAGCCAGGAGGAGUAUGUCACCUGGACCCAGAGAGGGGAUAUCAUCCAGGAGGGAGAGUCGAUAGGGGACCACCAUUGGGUCACCCGUCAUGCUGUGGAGUCCCUCAUGAAUACGAGCACCCAUGCCCUGCUGGAUGUCCGGCUGGACAGUGUCCGUGUCCUGCACAAGAUGGACAUUUUCCCCAUCAUCAUCCAUGUUUCUGUCAAUGAGAAGAUGGCAAAGAAACUCAGGAAGGGCCUGCAGCGGCUUGGCACCUCAGAGGAGCAGUUCCUCGAGGCAGCCCGACAGGAGGAGGGGGAACUGGAUAGAGUGCCCUGUCUGUACAGCAGCCUGGCCUCUGACAGCUGGAGUGACCCCGACAGUCUGCUCAGCUGUGUGCGCCUGGCUAUUGCAGAUGAGCAGAAGAGAGUGGUGUGGACAGAGCAGAGCCCCUGCUGAAGCCCGGACCUGGCUUGGGACUGUGGUGGCCUCCACGUGUCUGUCGAUGCUGUCAGCAAACAACCCCACAUCCUUCUCUGGUCAGGGUCUAACCUCACGAGCUCACAGCUGUCAGAGGAUAAAUGAUGCAGCCAUUGCCACACAGCACGGCCUGGGCUGAUAGAGGACUUAAGAUCAUUCUGCCAUGUGGGGUCCUUCCCAAGACCUGCUCAGGGACAGUGCCCCAA